AAAAGAUAACACUCUCCGCCAUUAGAACCAAUCUCAAGAGAUAAGGAAACUUCACAACCAAGAAAAAAACCAGACAGAACAGAAAGAGAUGAGCCGUUGCUGCUCUCUUGGGCUCUGUGCCCCGAAUGGUUUGUCCUCUUUCUCCUCAAGGCCUCGCAUUCGCAGCGUGAAAGCUCCUCUUUUUAUCACAUCUCACACCAAACCCAACUCUAACACGGAUUCAGAUUCUGAUUCUCUUCUUCAUAAUGUUGCCAAGAUGAGAGCCAAGGCCAGUGGUUUCUUAGGAGCAAAGAAGACAAUCUUGGCAGCUCAACUCGGGGCAGUCCUUGCCACGAUUGAUCAUCCGGCGCUGGCAAUAACCGGAGUCAACCACGAGCAGGAAUUAAGCAGCGUUGUGCUCGAUAUCGGGAUCAUAUCCGUUUGGUACUUCUUAGUAAUGCCACCAAUCAUCAUGAACUGGUUGAGAUUAAGAUGGUACAGAAGGAAGUUCUUUGAGAUGUAUAUACAGUUCAUGUUCGUCUUCUUGUUCUUCCCCGGGCUACUGUUAUGGGCACCAUUUCUCAACUUCAGAAAGUUCCCAAGAGAUCCAUCUAUGAAGUAUCCUUGGGACAAACCAAAAGACCCCUCCACUAUCAAAAACGGUUACCUCAAAUACCCAUUUGCAAAGCCAGAAGAUUACGACUACUAAGCCUGGGAUUCACAAGUUUGUUUUAUAUCUUGCGACUGUAUAUACUCUGGAUUCAAGUGAACACAAUGUAAUGGCUUGUGCAGGCUCUUUUCUUAGA